AUGGCAACCUUGAAUCAAAAUCAAAGGUAUAAUUUCUCAUUUUCUCUGUUAAUCUUCUAUUUCUUAACCCUAAUUACAAAACCCAUUUCAUCAUUUUCACUCCAAGGCUUUAAUGGCGAUCAAAAUCCCAACUUUGAUUCCGAUUUUACCCUUUUGGGUGAUGCCCAGAUCGCCAAUGAGGGUAAUUUCGUCAAUCUUACUUCCCCUACAUCUGGGUUUACUAGUUCUGGGCAAAUCGUUUACAAGAAACCCUUUAAACUUGUUGAUUCGAAAUCUUUGAAACCAAUAAUUUCAUUUUCUACUGAAUUUACCUUUACAAUUACCCCUGGUAAUGGAGAUGGAUUAGCAUUUGUGAUUUUCCCUAGUGGUGGGGAACUUUCACAGGUUUUCGAUCAAGGGUAUUUUGGGGUUUCUGAUAAAAUUGACCGUAAAUUUGUUGCUGUUGAGUAUGAUACUCGUAAAGAUGAUAAUGUAGGUGAUUUGAAUGGUAAUCAUGUUGGUGUAGAUGUGGGUAGUAGUUUUGUGUCUAAAGAUAUUAGUGAUGUUUCUUCAAUUGGAUUGCUUUUGAAUGGAGGGAUACCUUUGAAAUCUUGGAUUGAUUAUGAAGCUAGUUCUAAGAGAUUGGAGAUUAGAUUGGCUGAAUCUGGUAGUGAAAGGCCGGUUCAGCCUUUGAUCUCGUUUUCGAUUGAUUUGUCGAAAAUGUGGGGAGAUAAGGAGAUUUUGGUAGGUAUUAGCUCGUCUAGUGGGAAUUCCACACAAGUGAGUAGUUUAUCUUCGUGGAGUUUUAAGGUCAGGACUGUUCCUAGCUCGUUGCAUUCGCAACCGUUGGAUCCCCAGGCUCAUAGUGAUGAGGAACGGCCAAUUCGAAGGAAUAAGAGUAGGUUUUUGACUGUUCUUGGUGCGUUGAUAUUCGCCACAGGAUGUGGUACAUUGGUGGCAUUCGUCGCAUUGUUUUUCUGGGUGGUGUUAUUUGGUAGGCACUCGAAUGUUGUCCCUGAAAUGCCUAUGAAUCCGGUGGAUUUCAAAUAUGAAAAGGUAAAUGUGACCGUCAAUAAUGAUUCUCAUGAUACCACGAGUUGA